AUGUCAGAGGAACUCGGCUUCCACGGUAAUGAGCUCGUGCACUUCCAAACGAUGUACAUGGUCGGUACGAUUCUCGGUCAAUUGCCAUUCGCAGUCCUCUUCCCGAAAGUGCGAAUGAACUGGCUGAUACCAAGUCUGGACAUCUGCUGGGGCAUCUUCACACUGCUGCAAUAUCGCGCAAACAGCUAUUCGGAGAUCAUGGCGUAUCGUUUCAUGGUCGGACUGUUCGAGCCGGCGUACUUUCCUGGAGUUCAAUACGUCCUCGGUGCAUGGUACCGAGCUGAUGAAAUCGGUCGACGUGGAGGCGUGUUCUAUGUCGGCUUGACUCUAGGGACCCUGACCGCAGGUCUGCUUCAAGGCGCAGCUGUGGCAAACCUCGACGGUGCCAAUGGACUCUCUGGCUGGCGGUGGGCGUUCAUUAUCAAUACCAUCAUAACUCUGCCGCUGGGGUUCGUCGGCUUCUUCCUAUGGCCAGGCACACCGGACAAGGUCAAGUCGGUCUUCCUGUCGGCAGAAGAAGUCGCCCUGGCCAAAAAGCGCCUGGAAAGAGCCGGCCACCGUCAGCCGGAUCCGUUGACAUGGGCUGGAGUGAAGCGAGUGUUCACCAGCUGGAGGCUGUACGUCCUCAUAAUGUGGGACACGUUCUUCUGCUGCAGUGCGACCAAUACGACAGCUGCAGGAUAUCUGCUCUGGUUGAAGAGCCUCAAUCGCUACUCCGUCGAGAGAGUAAACCAACUCAGCGUUACCUCGCCAGCAGUCGGCAUAUUCUACGUCCUCUUUAUCGCCUUAGGGGCGGAUUUUUUCCUUGGAAGAGCGCUCGCGAUAACGCUGGCAUCCACAUGGAACCUGAUCGGUCUCGUCAUCUUGAUCAUUUGGAACGUUCCAGAGUAUGCAAAGUGGUUCGCUUUCAACACGACUUAUUCGUCAGUUGCCGUGAGCUCCGUGCUGUAUGGCUGGGCAAACGACAUCUUGAAGCAGAGAGCUCAGGAAAGAUCAUUUGCACUGGUAGCCAUGACUGCCAUUGGGCAGGCCACGGCUGCAUGGACACCACUGCUGGUGAACAAGACAGUCGAAGCGCCACGGUUUCCGAAAGGCUAUGCUUUCACGGCAGCGAGUGCAGUAUUGCUCAUCGCUAUGACUUGGAUUGUGAAGUGGAUGCAUGACAAGCAAGAGAGAAGCACACAAAAGAGCGUAUCGUCCGAAGAGAAGAGCAUUGGAGAUGCUGUGCUGAUGAACGUGUCUCCCAAGCAGUGA